AUGAGGAUACGCAACAGGCACACGCUCUUCUCGGCCAUGGUGCGCGGGGAUACAACCGUCACCCUGUGGAACCGCAGCUCCAGAGACACGCUGGGGGAAAUGCUCGACAUGCCGCCGAGCUUCUUCAACCGCAUCAAAUACGUCUGGGACUACUGCUCCUUUCAGCGUGGCAUCUAUCCCGCUGACACGAGCGGCCAGGCCAGGCACAGACUAGGCCCCAAGAUUAACAAUAUCCUUGCCACGGUUGUUGAACCGUUUACCUCCAAUGUCCCGGAGCACAAGCUUGUCCGGAACACAGGCCUCCAUCUAUUCAACUUUUUUGGCUUUCGCCUGCGAUGGGUCAAGGCCCUCGCACGGGGCGGCAACGGCGCGGCUACCUUGUGGCAAGCUCUUUACGAGGAUGGGACAAAGGAGUACUUUGUGUUCAAGAUCCUGACGGCGGGUGGCAGUCCAGCCCAUUUAGCCAAAAAAGUGCAGCUGGAGCGCGACUGGCACGACAAGUAUGCGCGCGCCGAGUGCAUCGUGCAGCAUUACAUCCCUUACCUGGUGGCCGAUCGGCACGCGGUCAUCAAUCCAUCUGGAGAGAAGCUGUUCCCCGGUGAAGUUGUCGAGUUUGACCAGCUCGGCGCUCUGCCCCUCGAGUUCAUGACGCGCGGUUCGCUCAAGGGUAUCCUGGCCAAGGCGGCCGAGCUGAGAGUGACCUGGCCCAAUGCUGCUCUGUGGCAGCUUUUCAAAGACUUGGCAAUGGGCGUCAGCGAAGUGGCUCUUCACCGCAGAUGUCUCGGUACGUGGAAACUCACCCUCGCCGAGAUGUACAGGGAAGAGCUUCUGCGUCCUCCGACGCAAGGAUGGCUCUGGAGUUGUCUGAAGGAUCUCAAGCCUGCAAACGACGUCCACCUUGAUUUGGAGGAGAACAACAUCCUGGCAACCGACACAACCGAUUCCGAGGGCAAGCCAUCGCUACGAUUUAAGCUCCAUGACUUUGGCGGCUGGAGCUAUGAGAUGGAUGAAGAGUACGACUGCAUGUUGGCUCCUGGCUACAUGUCGAUGCGCCGGCCGCUCAAGCCUGGCCGUCACCUCCCCGAGCAGAUUGUCCGAGAAUGGGACGAGCAACCGUACCCUGAAGCGGACGUUUUCCCAGCGCGCUACGCCGGUGCUGAUUUGAACGAUCGGGUCUCGGUCGAUUCGGGGUCCAAAACUCGGGUCGCUGGUAGGUACGGCUUCUGGAGCAACACGUUCAUCAUCGCCAAGAUGCUCGAGGUGGCCAUCACCGGCUACGUCCACACGCAUCCGUUCGCGCCCAAGGUGCCCCUGGACCUCUGGAGCCAAGACGAGCUGAAGCAGGCGGGAUGUCCCAACGUCGCCCUGAUGCACUGGCCCACGUACGGCUGGCGACUGGCCGAGCCUGUCUAUGCGGGAGUCUGUCCCAACCUGCGCUGGCUCGUCAUCGCCUGUCUUGCUGAGGAUCCCCGUAACCGGCCUUCACCGGCUGACUUGCUGCCCAAGGUUGCCUUGUACGAGCGCCAGGGGGCGAUGAAAAUGGACCUCGAGGCCGAGGCCUUCUGGGAGCGCAUCAAGAAACCCAUCGGGUGCUCCGGCUCUUAUUAUGGUGACACUGAUCCCGAUAGUAGUAGUGAUGACGACGACAGUGGAGAAGAAGACAGCCCGAACGAGGACGACCCCAAUGACGAGGGUGACACCCAGGACGCCAAAGAGGAGGGCGGCACUGAACUGACGCUCAAGCCUAGCAACCGCGGCGAUGAGCACGACGGCAAACAUGAAGAUGAAGACAUCACCAUGAAAGACGCCUCCUCCGUGCGCGGUACCAAGCGUAAGAAUACAUCUGCCAUGGACACUGACACCGCCUCGGCAGAAGACGGGGCACAGCAUGGACACCACCACAAGAGGGCUCGUAUCGAUCUCGAGCCCCAAAAGGGUGCUCAGGAUGCGGCUGCAAGGCGUCCUCUGGUGAGAUUCCGCCCCAGGCUGCCUCAGCAAGACGUCUCGAGUGAGAUUGCGUAA